AUGGAUCUGGCAGACACUAUCAAAGAUGAAAAUGAGGCAUCGAAUCAAGACCGUGCCAAGGCAAUGAUAUGCCUUCGCCAUCACCUUGAUGAGAGCUUGAAAAUGGAAUAUCUCACUGUUAAAGAUCCUCUUAUGCUAUGGAAUAAUUUAAAAGAUAGAGAUGACCACCUGAAGAUGGUUGUGCUUCCACAAGCAAGUUUUGAUUGGAUUCAUCUGAGGCUACAAGAUGUUAAAUCUAUUCGGGUGUAUAAUUCUGCCAUGUUUAAAAUUAUUUCUCAAUUGAAAUUAUGUGGUGAAAAUAUCACUGAUCAUGAUAUGCUGGAGAAAACAUUCUCCACUUUUCACCCCCGAGUAUGCUCCUGUAGCAGCAAUACCGAGAAAUGA